UCAGUCUUCUUCAGACACAUUCUCUCUCUGUUCAGCUGCAGACACCAGCUCCGCGAUGCUCGCGUUCAUGUGGAUUACAGGGCUGCUGUGGAGCGCCGCGAGCGCUGACGCGAGGAAACCCGCCGACGAGUUCUUCAGCGCGAGCGUGUUCCGCGCGAGGUGCGCGUCGCGAUGCCUCAGCCUGCACAUCACGCGCAUUUCUGCCGCUUUCAAACAUUUCCAGAGCAAUGGGUCAUUGGUUUGGUGUCAGAAUCACAAGCAGUGUUCAAAGUGUCUGGAGCCAUGCAGGGCAUCAUGGGACCUGAAGGAGAACCAGUGUCAGGACUUGUGUGAGACUCAGUUCCCGAAGAAGCACUACGAGUGUUUGACGAGCUGUGAGUUCCUGCGCUCCGUCCAGACGCUGAAGCCGGGGGACUGUCCCGCUCCGGAGCGAGCGAGCGGAUUCGCCGCUGCGUGUGUGGAGAGCUGUGAAGCAGACGCCGAGUGCACGGCUCUGAAGAAGUGCUGUCCCAACGGAUGCGGACACACCUGCCAGACCCCCAAGAACCCUUAUAAAGGAUCUCCUCUGAAGCCACGGAAGGAGCUGUUGUUUGUGGAGCAUGCGUCAGGACUGCUGGAGAUUCGCUGGUCUUCCCGAUUUAACGUCUCUGUGGAGCCGGUGCUUUACGUGCUGCAGCGCCGCUGGAACCUGGGCAUCCAUCCCAGCGAAGACGACGCUACGCCGUGGCAGGACAUCGCACAGGUUGCUGUAGAGCGUGCGCUGCUGAGCGAUGUGCGGCCGAGCAGGUGGUAUCAGUUCCGUGUGGCAGCGGUGAACGUUCACGGCACGCGUGGCUUCACGGCUCCCAGCAAACACUUCCGCUCCUCCAGAGACCCGUCUCCUCCUCCAGCUCCGUCUGGACUGAGUGUGUCUAACAUCACAGAGGGACCUGACGGUCUGCUGACGGCCCGGAUCAGCUGGACUCUCCUCACAGAGCCUGACCUCCCCGUCCAUCACUACAAGAUCUACUGGAGCUGGACCAUCCCGGGGAAAUCUCUCGCCCCGUCCCGGAGGAAGAGGAGGAAGACCAGCGACGGGGCCAGAAGCUGGGUGGAUCUGGACGGUCUUCAGGUCAACAGCAGCUACAGCGUGCAGGUCCAGGCCGUCUCUUACUGGGGUCAGAUCCGACUGAAGAGCAGCAAAGCCUCCGUCCAGUUCAGCACACACCUGCACAACCAGACAAAGGCUGUAUCUAAGCCGAGGAGACUGGACACUGAUCUGGGUUUGGUGUCGAUGAAGAGAGCCGCUGGAGCUCUGGAGGUCGGCACACCGUAUUACCAGGACACACAGCUACAGGUCCGCAUCUACUGGAAGAAGAGAGGAGAUGCGGCAGUGAACCGCUAUCACGUUCAGUGGACGCCGGAGUACUGCAGUCACAACCGAAGCGGAGCGCCGCAGAAAUCUCUGACUCAGGAGAACUUCAUCAAUCUCCCCGGUCUGCUGUUCUCCUGUAAGUACAGGGUCACCGUUCACACGCUCAGCGCUAAACGUCGCUCUAAAGACGAGAGCGUCAGCUUCCUGACCCCGUCCUGCGCGACUCUCCAGAGCAAGAGCACCAAACCCAUCGCCUGUCCCGGAGACACACCGCCGCCGAAGGUUUUAGUGAAGCCUGAGAAUCUGACGGCGUCCUUCAGCUUCGGCGACGGUAAUGUGACGGCUCGUUUCUUCUGGAGCGUGUCACGAGCGCAGCCGCUUCGCCCCGUCACGGGCUUCCAGGUCACAUGGGCGGAGGUCUCCAGCGCGAGCCGCCCCAACAGUCUUCCCAACAGCAUCAUCUCCCAGUCUCAGAUCCUGCCACCUGAUCGUAACUUUCUGGUGGUGCACAACCUCCGGCCGGCCACUUUCUACAGGUUAGAGGUUCAGGUGAUAACCUCGGCGGGAGAAGGACCUGUGACAAAGAAGAUCUUCCAGACGCCGCUACAGCAAAAAGCUCAUCUUCUUCAUCAUCAUCAUCAGCAGCAGCAUCAGAAGUCUUCAGCUGAGAAACACUGAAAUGAUCAGAAGACGCAACACAGCGUGCAGCUAAUCGCAGCUUUCGACAGACGCGAAACCACAGAUAUUCAACGCCUCACCCUCGUUCUCUACUCACGCUCUGCGGGUUUCAUUGCAACAACCUGGAACUCUCGAGCAACAGCAGUGUUUUAUGUGUGAAUUUACACCAUUUCAGAAAGUUAAUGUCAACGGCUGAAGUAAAUCUUGGCAAUUUAGUCAUACUACAGUCAUAAGUUUACACCCCACUUUCAGAAUCUGCAAAAUGUUAAUUGCUUUACCAAAAUUAGAGGGAUCAUACAAAACGCAUGUUAUUGUUUAUUUAUUACUGCCCUGAAUAAGAUAUUUCACAUAAAAGAUGUUUAC